ACACAACGCGGAACAAAACAAUGGCCAAGUAAACCUCACGAGAAACACUGAAGAAAAUGACUACAUUGAUGAUUACAAUAGAUCAUAGAUCAUGUCUUGUGACCUGAAGUGAUCUGUAGGCAAAGAUGGAUACUAGGAAACGUAGAAAAGAAGGAACGGCAAGAACGCCAUCACUUGAAAGCUUGCAGGCUUCACCAAAAAGGGCUCGUGUACAUGCCCAGCGCAAGUUUGCUCAAGGAUCCCAACCAAACAGCCCGGCUCCCACGCCUGUCAAGGAGACGAGAGAGCUGCGAGAAAGAAGCAUUUCCACGGAUACUAGAACCCGUGCCACAGCUCAGACCCAUCCUCCACCGCCUCCUGCCCUGGACAUUGUAGAAGUCCCAGGGAGACCCACGGUAGAGGACUUCCUUACAUUCCUCUGUUACCGGUGGACAGCACUGUUACCUCCAGGCCUGGAGCACUUCAACACCCCUCAGAUUUUGGAAAUUAAUGCUGAUAGCCGAAGCCAAAGUCCUGCUAGAGAUGAUAAAAGCAAACCAACAAAGAAGAAGCAAGAUGCUCCCUUACUGGACAAGAAGGAGAAAGAAUUGUCCAAGGUUACCAGGAGCACUCCUCAGCCACCUCAGGCUCCUGCAGACUCAAGAAAGCUCUCCAAAAGGCUUUUAGUCAAGAAAGCCUUGCUCAUCAAAUCCAAAGCUAAAAACCUCAGGAUACAAGUAAUCACAGUGCCGAAAAUACAGGCAUUGGGUUACAUAAGUAGCCAAUAUCCCGGGUGUGCAGAGCUUUUCCGUAAUACAGCCUGCGCUGCCAGUCUCAGUGGCCAGGAAUAUGAUGCACAACAUGAAAUGGAAUUCUCCCUGGAGCCAGUGCUCUUCAAGUCACGGCUUAUGCACGUUAUAUUCCACAUUUGUUUAGCGAUGAUCGUAGGGGUUAAUGUGGUAACAGAAAGUAAAGCAACUUUGUAUUCAAUAUCUGUCAUACUUACUUUAAAGAUAGCUCUCUAA